AGAUAAUCGAGACGAAUCCUGAUAUCGUGUCCAGAGAUCGUGUCAGAGAAUUAAGUCCAACGUCGCGUUGUCCUCUUGAUAAUCUGGAGAAGGACAGGAUACGCCGUUCUUCCGUGGCAAUGCGGCAGGCAGUUCGCUGGUGCAGCCGAGUGUCGUCCCAGAGCUCCGGGAUAUCCGGAGAAUGCGCGGCACCGCCUCGCGAUUUCUUCACGCGGAUGUGAUCCUCCCGGCACGGUUCGCUUCCAUCCAGCCGACGGUCCCGCCCGUCCUGUGUAUUCUUCAUCUCUUGUCCUCUGGGCGACGGCACAGCUGACAGAUCUCAACAACUUUGGUCUUGCUGAUACCCGCGUGUGGACCCUUCUCCUCUUUUUCCCAGGUAAUGAACCACACGAACGAUUAAUCGGAUUAACGUAACGCGGCACCAAAGGUCCGCGUAUGACUCGUUCUUGAUUUUUAACGCCUACGCAUCCGGCGAUUUGCGUGUCUAUAUAUAAGACUGUGAACUUUAAACGGGUAGCUCCAGUGCGACUUUGAUAUAGUGAUCGUUAAAUGUGAGAAGGUGGACUCGUCCCGUGGACAACGAUAGUGACCCAAUUUGAAGAUCGUUUGAGAGGAUCGUAAAUCGUAGUCGGAUAGACUCAAACGGCCAAAACAUGGGGAACUGCUUCAGCAGCCCGACGGACGUGGAGAAGGAGAAGCCGGACAGAAUUGGCAAUCCCAGCAUAGAGGCGGUCGCGUCGCAGGUCAGCCCGGUGCCGACGCCGCCGCCGGAUCCCAUCAGGCCGAUUCCGCAGAUCCCAGACAUGGACGUUACGACGGCGAAGAUAUUCGUUGCUUUGUAUGAUUAUGACGCUCGCACUGAUGAGGAUUUGAGUUUUAAGAAGGGAGAACACUUGGAGAUUAUCAAUGACACGCAGGGAGACUGGUGGCUGGCCAAGAGUAAAAGGACCAGGCAGGAGGGUUACAUUCCCAGCAAUUACGUCGCAAAAUUGAAAUCAAUCGAGGCAGAACCAUGGUAUUUCAGGAAGAUUAAGCGAAUCGAGGCUGAGAAAAAAUUGCUACUGCCGGAAAACGAUCACGGCGCGUUUCUGAUAAGAGACUCCGAGAGCCGACACAAUGAUUACUCCCUUUCAGUGCGUGACGGCGACACAGUGAAACAUUAUCGUAUUCGUCAAUUGGACGAGGGUGGCUUUUUCAUCGCCAGGCGAACCACAUUCAGAAAUUUGCAGGAUCUUGUGGAGCACUACAGCAAAGACGCGGAUGGCCUGUGUGUUAAUUUGUGCAAGCCUUGCGUGCAGGUUGAGAAACCCGUAACGGAAGGCCUUAGUCACCGUACGCGGGAUCAAUGGGAAAUCGAUCGUUCGUCGCUGAAAUUCCUGAGGAAGUUGGGACAGGGUCAAUUUGGCGAGGUGUGGGAAGGUCUGUGGAACAACACUACCCCAGUGGCGAUAAAGACGCUCAAGCCGGGCACCAUGGACCCGAAGGACUUCCUUGCCGAGGCGCAGAUUAUGAAGAAACUCCGACACGCUAAACUAAUUCAGUUAUAUGCUGUAUGCACGAUGGAGGAACCGAUCUAUAUCAUUACAGAAUUGAUGAGGAAUGGCAGUCUUCUAGAAUAUUUACAAGGAAAAGGUAGAGGCCUAAAACUACAGCAACUAAUCGACAUGGCCGCGCAAAUAGCUGCCGGUAUGGCGUAUUUAGAAUCGCAGAAUUAUAUUCAUCGAGACUUGGCCGCCCGUAAUGUUCUCGUAGCAGACGGAAAUGUCGUUAAGAUCGCGGACUUUGGUUUGGCUAGGCUUAUCAAAGAGGAUGAAUACGAGGCUAGAAUAGGGGCGCGCUUCCCUAUUAAGUGGACCGCUCCUGAAGCCGCCAACUACAGUAAAUUCAGUAUUAAAUCCGACGUAUGGUCGUUUGGAAUUCUCCUUACCGAAUUGGUUACAUAUGGUAGAAUACCCUAUCCAGGUAUGACAAAUGCUGAGGUUCUUCAUCAGGUGGAGCAUGGCUAUAGAAUGCCAAGUCCACCCGGUUGUCCUGACACACUUUACAAUAUUAUGCUGGAAUGCUGGAACAAGGAUCCUAUGAAAAGACCAACUUUCGAAACGCUUCAGUGGAAACUUGAGGACUUUUUCACUAUGGAAGGUUCCGAGUACAAGGAAGCGUCUGCGUAUUGAAUAGAAGAUUUCGAAUUCUUCUUCCAUAUUGCUCCAUUAAGAGAUCCGGUAACUGUACUGUCAUCGUUUCAUCGACGGCAAUCGUUACGAUCUUCUUCAUUGAUCUAUUUGUGACAGUUUUCGCGGUACUUCUGGAAAAGUAUCGCAACUUUUAUACUCAAAUCGAUCAUUUUGCGAACGAUCAAUAGUAUAGUUUUAUUU